UUCAGAUAGAAGCAAGCUGGAGAAUCAAAACACACCUUACAAGGCUCUUUAUUAUCGGAGAAAUUGAAAGGUUUAAAGCUUGCUGCCGACUUGUAUUGUAUAUAUUAUGAUCUAAUGACUGAAAUUCUUCCUUUAAAAUAGGUUCCCGUUUACUACUACACUUCGAACUAAACAGAAGGAGAAGGACAAAUUUAUGCGACAUUGCUGGUGAAAAUGUUCUUAGAUACACGCUCCUUUGGAACAUGUAUCCUGCUCCAACACUAGAAACUAGGAUGCACAUCAAACCAACUCUAAACCUAUCAAUAUGUAAACCUACUCCAAACCCAACCAAUAUGUAAACCUACUCCAAUCCCAACCAAUAUGUAAACCUACUCCAAUCCCAACUAUUAUGUAAACCUACUCCAAUCCCAACCAAUAUGUAAUCUAAAUAAUUGCCAAAAUAUUGCCAACUAGUCUUCUCAAUGUUUAUAACUUAUAUAUUUGGCUUGUAUAUGAUUCUGCUAAGCAUAACCUUAAUUUUUCUUCUAGUUCUUUAUUGCUUCGACUUUAUGCCAUGAACAGUAUUAUCUUAAUAUUUAUCUUUUCUCACGGCUGUGUUUUGAAUCUAGUCUAGAUAUAUAUUUAAACUUAUUCCAUUCCAUAUCUUUCAAUUCUUUAUCUUAACCAUGAAUUAUACUCGUGGUAAAUCUUACAGAAACAUGAAACAUAAUUCCCAGAUGGAUUUUCCUCAACCAAGGUCCAAAAGAACAAGAGAUAUCCCUGGUCAGCCUAUUCCUGUUCCUCUGACCAGCCUAACCGGUCAACCAGCUUCUAACUUUGUCUGGAAAUGCUACAAAGGAAGACUAGAGACAGGACGGGAGGAAGAUGCAAACGGAAGAACCUCAGUCAUCUCCUUGGAGGAUAGAGGAGAGCUAGGAAAUCUUUGGAGAAAUGGAUAUUUUGGUUCCAUUGUCUCAGAUAGGUUUGCUAAGGUUCAAGAGUACACUACAGCAGCUUGGGAUCCAGGGACGGAGAUUAUUCAGAGUACAGGUCAAGGGUCGGAGAAAUACGAGGAUUGGAAGGAAGAUGAUGAUUUCUGGACAAACAAGGAUGAACCUGUCCCAGAGAAACCAGGAUUUAAGAAUGAAGAGGUUAUAAAACCGGAGAACGGAGAAGAGAAUGAAAACCUGAACCCUGCCACGAAGGAGCCCCAGAGCUGGGAUGAGGUUGAAACUAAAUACGGAGAGGAGAAUGAACAUGAUGUUAGGCUAGAUCUUGAACUCUGUGAAGCAUUCUAUCUUAGCUAUGCUCUGGGCUGCUUGGUGGUAGAAUAUAAUGGAUCUCAGUUAAACCUUUUACAAAUGUGGAAAACAUAUUCAAAACUGGAACCAGAUUUCCCAUAUAGAUAUGCUGUGUAUCAUGAUUUGAGGAGCCGGGGUUGGGUUGUGCGAAGUGGUGUUCCUCUAGGUGCUCAUUGGAUUCUAUACAAACUGGGCCCCCCGUUUUACCACGCCUCUUUUACUGUCCGACUGGAGCUAGUCUGUGGACAGUCUGGGCGAGUUCUCAAGGAGAAAAAUAUUACUCCUCUUUCCUGGGCAGACCUGUUAGGCCUCAAUAGGUGAGCAUUAUCCUCGAAC